AUGCCUAAUUCUACCGCACCCCCGCACCCGGAUGCCACCAACAAUACCUCCGACUCAGAAGACGAACAUACACUCACUGCUUUCGGCGACGUAUCCCUCACCGAAGAACAAAUGCUUGACUCAGCUACGAAUGAGAUCCGUUGCCUUAACCGUUUGCGUUUAAAGGUGAAGCGCCCGCCAUUUCCCAAGAAUAGGUCGAGUGUCCAGUACAGUCCAAAGAAAUUCGAGCUCGCUGCAGUUGACUCACGAGAGUCUAUCCCCAGUGGCUCGAGUGUUUCAUGCAACUACGAACCAGGGCAGUCAAUGAUUGUAAAGGAUGUUCCUUCCGUUGCUGAGGCAGCCACCGGAUGGAGGAAACUGCCUCCUAGGUUGCCAAUUCCGAAGUGGGAUGCCGAUGAUUGA